CAUAUCUUUACACAUACACUAUGACAUAAGUGCUUUGGAAAUACAAUGUUACCUGUCUUUUAUCUAAAGGCAAUUUUUAAAACAUAAGGAGAUGUUAUAUAAAUAUUUGUAUUACUGUUCUACUUGUGCAUUUGUUUUACUAUUCUACUUAUGCAUCUAACAUGCAGACUAAAAGACUUUUACAGACUAUAAGAGGCUUGCUUUGGCAGUUUGUUCCACCGGUAAUGUGACACCUUUAAUCCUCCUGUGAGGCAGUGUUUAAUUGUUCUCCGGCCUCCAGCUUUUUCCCCCUGAAACAAAACUACAAGUAUAGAGUUCUUGUAGUUGUCCACUCGUGCAGCGAUAUUGUCAACGGUAUAAUGUAAGCAUGGAAAAGAGGACAGCAGUGUUGUUUCACCCUGCCCUCAGUAGCACAGCUCACUGUAAUCCAACCUGGUAGGGUUUGUACAGAACACUGAAUGGAAGUUAUUAGAGCGAAGACCAAGCAAACAUGUUUGUGUUCAUGCUGCGGAUGACAUCACCUGCUCACGUAGGUGUUUUCACCCGUUUGUAUGUGAGUGUGUGUUAUUAAAUGUCCGGACGUAGCAUCACAACGUGUGUUUGAUGUUUAAAAACGAUCCUGAUUCUUGCAUUAUUUGUUUUAUAAUAGAAAUAUCGUGUGACAAAAUGUAGAUUUUAAUUUAAGUCUGUAAAAUUUUAAACUGCUAAAACAUGUACACACUAAGGGAAAAUAUGUUUUGAGGAAGGACAAUAAUUCUGAACUUGUGUGUUAACAUGUAGGCUUAUGUUGUGUGUUGGUGACUCGAUGCCCUCCUUUCUCAAAAUAAACCAUGAAACACAGGAGGUUGGAUCUAGUGCUCACUUUUGGAGCUGGUUUGGAGGGAGUUUUUUAGAUAUAAUAUAAAGGAACAAUAUUUGAUUUAUCUAAAGCCAUACGCGGCUACAUUACAAUACAAUACGAUACGACUGUGCAUGAACCUUUGCUGCUCAAACCAGAGCUGCAAAAGUGGAAUAACUUGCUGCAGCACACCAAGUAGCCGAAUUAGCACGGUCACAGAUAGGCUGGCACCCGCCAUUGUUGUUAUUGUGUUGUCUUAAGCAAGGGAGACUGGGGCUAAAGGUUACAGAGAGGCGGGGCUGAGCAGGUUGAAAGGUUAGGGGCCAGGCGGGACGGACCGCAUCACUUCACCCUGCUCUGUUUACAGAGUCUGAGUUUUUAAAUUUUUACACAGUCACUCAAUACUGUUUUCCUUAGCACUAGGUUAUAUUCGUUUGCACUUUGUACAUUAGUCCAGACCUUCUGACCCUGCCUAAUUAUUAUUUUUUAACCUUUUUUUAAUGCCUGUGGUUUACUUUUUUGUUACGCAUUAGGAAACAAUUCUGCCUGUUGGACACAGUAAACAGUUUUAUGCAUAAGGAAUUUAAUAAAUAAAAAAAAUUUAAUAUCAAAUGUGAAAGGCUGUGGGUUAGUUAUGAUGUCUUUUUAAAUGAGCACUUGGCUUAAAAUAGAAUGUUACAACUUAUUUACUAGGUGGGUUUUCACAGAAAUUCAUUUUUGUCACCAAGCAACACUAGCUUCUAGUGAAGCUUCUACAGAUAUUAUCUUGCAUAAGGCGCACUCUUGUGAUCUUUGACAAUCAGUUAGGCUGGUUCUGCAAAGACUGCUUGUCUAGGGGCAAGAUUUAAGAAAAACAGAUUUUUUUGGUGUUUUACUCUUUUGCUUUUUCUAAUACUUCUCUAUAAUCUGUGGAAAUGCAAACAACGAUUGGACUGUGGGAGGAAACCCAGAGAACAAAACAGUAGAACUCCAUUCAGAGGUGCCUGCCUGUGACGUCACAAGGAUAAAAAAAAAAACUGUCGUUUUGCUGUAAGGCGAGAGCAUUAACCGUUCUUCCAUGGCGCAGCCUUAAAAUGUUCAUUUAUGUCAUUUCUUUUUUUCCCCCCACACUGUAAUGUGGAUCAAAUUCUGAUGUGGAUACCGUGGAAUCAUACUUUAGAAUAUACAUUUUUAAUGUGUCUAAUCUACGUAAACAACAGCACUACCAUUUUGAAAUUAUUUGAGUGGAGUGUGUGUAAUUUAAUUAGUCCAUUCAGUGAUGCUGUGUGGUGCAGCCGGCCUCUGAUGUCUUCAUAUUGUAUGUGUUACGUAAUAUGGGCUCAUCAUAUCCAAGAGUGGCUGUCACGACUCUACCAGGAAGGAGGUUGAGGUAGGAGGGGGAUGGGUCGUGUAUUUCUGUAGUGUAUAAGGCACAGUACACACCAAAUACAGCCAGUGACCUCCAAGGCUUUUUAAGAAAAUAAAAAAGGGGGUGUCGCAACAGAGCAGCAAUACACUGCACUUGUUUCACUGCCAAGAAGACACUAAGGAAGAUUUCCUGUAGAAUGCUGUGUCAUCAGAGAUUUCCGCAUAGGCUCGCUCUCCUUAACACCCUCCAUUUUCUCUGCUGUGCCACCUAACUCUCUCUGCAAUACAUCAGUCAGAUGUGGCCAGCGUUUUGAUUGAUGCUGUUCAACCUCCCGACUCGAUCUUCUCUCUGUCUCUGCGGCAGAGUGUCCGCUUGUGCUUUUAUCAUCAGCAUUGCUCGGUGACAAAACUAUGAGGGCACACGCUGUGAGCUCAUUGUGCUUGUGUUGUUUGCUGAUGCAUGCACGGCAAUCCAAGCAUCUUCUCAUUUGUAGUCCUACGUUCUACGCUUUGCCGCUUCAUCGCUGGGGAGAAGCAUAUUUAUGAGGAGGUCCUGGUGAAGGGUGCGGGGAGGAGUAAGGGAUGAGAGCGAGAAAUGUGUGCGAGCACGUGAAUGUGGGAGAGGGAGGUAGAGGGUGGAGCUUAGCAUCAGGCAGUCCCCUCUGUCUGUCUUUCUCUACAGCUUUCCCUUUUCACAGAUUCCCUCCAUACAAUGCCCAUAGUUUGAUAAGGCUGCGCGUCUCCAUCACCUUGCUGAUCAUGUGGACUACUGCUGCCGUUGUUUACACUGUGGACUAUUUUUCCAUCUUCAGUGUAUCAAGGGCAUUCUUCUAAUACUAGUGAUUGGGGAGUGGUGUGGGGUUGUGGGAUGCGUUCCUGAAAGAACACUCUAUCUGGGUGUACUCUUCAAAAGAGUACCUCUUCAAAAGGGGGUUACUUCCAAAAAGGUGGUGGUGGGGCAAAAAAGGCAGGGGGAUUUGGAGAGGGAGAGGGAGAGGAGUGGAGAGGCUCCGGCUGAGAGAAGAAUGGUUAUGCCGGCUCCUCGUGCUCUAGUCGUGCUGCUGCUCCAUAGGCUGCGUGUCAUUCCGGCACAGCCCUGCCUCUCCUCGACAUGAGCCUCGCAGGAAGAGUUUCUUGCUCGAUGCUCAACUGCUUUGGUGAAGAGGGACCUCCCAGUCUGGAGUACAUCAAGGCGAAGGACCUGUUCCCCCCAAAGGAGCUGGUGAAGGAGGAUGAAAGCCUUCAGGUUCCAUUCCCAGUUCUUCAGGGGGAAGGGGUGGAAUAUCUCGGGCGUUCUGAUGAAGCUAUCAUUGCCAUUUCUAACUACAGGCUCCACAUCAAGUUCAAGGACUCUGUCGUCAAUGUGCCUCUCAGGCUCAUAGAGAGUGUUGAGAGCAGAGAUAUGUUCCAGCUGCACAUCAUCUGCAAAGACUCCAAAGUCGUGAGAUGCCACUUCUCAACGUUCAAGCAGUGCCAGGAAUGGGUCAAACGUCUGAACCAGGCCAUAGCUCAUCCAUCCCGCCUGGAGGACCUGUUUGCCUUGGCCUACCAUGCCUGGUGCCUAGGAGGCAACGCAGACGAUGAGGACCAGCAUGUUCACCUCUGUCGACCAGGUGAUCAUGUACGUCAAAGAAUGGAAGUGGAGGUCAAGAGGAUGGGCUUUGACACACAGAACAUCUGGAGAGUUUCAGACAUCAACUCAAACUACAAGCUGUGCUCCAGCUAUCCACAGAAACUUUUAGUUCCAAUUUGGAUCACAGACAAGGAGCUGGAGAGUGUGGCUUCUUUUAGAUCCUGGAAGAGGAUCCCCGUGGUUGUCUAUAGACACCAGAAGAAUGGGGCUGUAAUCUCUCGGUGCAGCCAGCCUGAGAUCAGCUGGUGGGGAUGGCGGAACACAGAUGACGAGUAUCUUGUGACAUCUAUAGCAAAGGCCUGUCAGAUGGACACUGGGGCCAAGGGUACCUGUGCAACACCAGCCUGCCGGCAACGAGGGGAAGCUGCUGAAAGCCUGGAUAAUGACUUUGACUCCUCACUGACAGGAGGCUCUGGCUGCGAUGACAACACCGUGCCACAGAAGCUGCUGAUUCUGGAUGCUCGCUCAUACACUGCUGCAGUGGCCAAUCGAGCCAAGGGCGGAGGCUGUGAAUGUGAAGAGUACUACCCCAACUGUGAGGUGAUGUUUAUGGGCAUGGCCAACAUCCAUGCCAUCCGAAACAGCUUCCAAGCUCUGAGAACCGUCUGCAGUCAGAUUCCAGACCCGGGAAACUGGCUCUCAGCUCUGGAGAGCACACGCUGGCUGCAACACCUGUCUGUCAUGCUCAAGGCAGCCACGCUCGUGUGCUCAGCCGUGGAGAGAGACGGCCGCCCUGUUCUUGUUCACUGUUCAGACGGCUGGGACCGCACACCCCAGAUUGUAGCCCUUGCCAAGAUCUUACUAGACCCUUACUACAGGACCUUAGAAGGUUUCCAGGUGCUUGUGGAGACAGAGUGGCUUGACUUUGGUCACAAGUUUGGGGACCGCUGUGGCCACCAGGAGAACACCGAUGAUGUAAGCGAGCAGUGUCCCGUAUUCCUGCAAUGGCUGGACUGCAUUCACCAGCUGCUCAAACAGUUCCCCUGCCUGUUUGAGUUCAACGAGGCCUUCCUGGUCAAGUUGGUGCAGCACACGUACUCCUGUCUUUACGGCACCUUUCUGUGCAACAACGCUCGUGAGAGGGAAGCACGGAACAUUUAUAAACGCACCUGCUCGGUGUGGUCGCUGCUUCGGAUGGGAAACAAGAACUUUCAGAACUUUCUCUACAUCCCCAGUCAUGACAUGGUGCUGCAGCCAGUCUGCCACACUCGUGCGUUACAGCUGUGGACCUCUGUUUAUUUGCCCACGUCCUCCCCCUGCACGGCUGUAGAUGAUUCUAUGGACCUUUACCUUCCUCCAAACAAUGCAGGAGAUGAGCUCACCUCCCGUUCACUGGACAGACUUCCCAAAACACGAUCCAUGGAUAAUUUGCUGACAGCUUUUGAGAAUGGUGCCCCUCUGACCCGCACAUCCAGUGACCCCAAUCUCAACAAGCACUGCCAGGAGGGUCGCUCUUCACUGGAGCUGUCCUCCACAACAGAAGAAACAUCUAUAGAGAUCACCAGUGAGGUCAAACCUGGUUUUAUUCUGAAUGGCCUUUCACAUCAGACUGCUCAAACACCAGACGAUGUACCAGGUGCAGAGAACUAUGAGGGGGCAACAGAGGAGCGUUGUCUGACCACUCAGCCACUGCCCUCUCUGCCCCUCCCUCCUAUCACUCUCACGGAACAGCUCGCAUCCACCCACACUCCUUUCGCCGCACCUGUCCUCCAGCAGGCUUUGCCUCAGAUCUCAAACCCUCCACUGUCUCUGCUUGAAGAAGAGAACCCCCAUAGAACUGCUGAAAACGCCACUUCACCCGCACACAAAUCAGAGCCGUGUUUACCUCUUCCCUGCAACAGCACUCAGCACUCAAACACCACACCCACCAUGCUGCUGAACGGUCACUAUGAUGGUCAGACGAAUGGCAUCCUAGAGUCUGUGGACCUGCUGGCCAUGAAGCAGCUGACGCAACUCCUUCCCAUGGAAGACUCCACUGAAACUCUCACUGACGAGGGAGAGCUUCCUCCUCUCCCACUCCCCACUGAGAGCCAAGAGCUGACAGUGAAAUGUUAUAGUGAGGAGCAGCCUGAAUCAGAGCCCGAGGUUCAGCCCAGGAAAGAGAAAGAAGACAUCAGGUUAGACGGAGCAAAGAGGAGAGAGCAUGCACUAAUGAUUCCAGCUGCACCUGUUAACCGUACCCACGUAGCAGCUCAAAAACUGAUCUCCCAGAGCCCGUUCACAGACCUGUCGCUGCUCGGCUCCCACUGGGAGGGCGUCCGAGGUCUGGUGCAGUCUGCUUGCAGCACUGCCGGUCCCUCUGGUAUAAGCCGUGCCUUGCAGCCCAGCACUUACCAGAGCCGUCGGCUUGCAACCAAGCUUCUCCGCUCCCAGGGUUUCGCCAUAACCAACGGGUCACAGUGCUGCCGUAGGGAGGCUCUCUGUCGUCCCAGCAGCACUUCUCAGCCCGUCUGGCUGUCUGUAGCCAAGAGUGCAGGCUACAUGGGCAUGUGUAGCCCAGCUACUGCUGCUGCUGCUGCCGCCGCUGCCUUCAACAGCUACUCACUGGCAGGCCAUCAGCUCCUCCCGGUGUCGUACACCUCGCCGUCUGCUUCAAGUUCUCCUCUUCCACCCAAUGCACCAGCCUACCUGGAUGAUGACGGGCUGCCAGUUCCUCUGGAUGCGGUGCAGCAGCGACUCCGGCAGAUCGAGGCGGGCUACAAGCAGGAGGUGGAGGUGCUGCGGCAGCAGGUACGACAGCUGCAGAUGAGGCUGGAAAGUAAACAGUACAGCAGCCCUCCCUCUGAGCCAGAAAUCGAAUACGAGGAUGACAUUACGUGUCUUCGAGAAUCUGACAACAGCAACGAAGAGGAUUCCCUGUCUACUCACAGCGAGGACCGUCUUUCCGAGGGCAGCUGGGAUCGUGUGGAACGCAAAGACACAGAGGUUACGAGGUGGGUGCCUGAUCACAUGGCUUCCCAUUGUUUCAACUGUGACUGUGAGUUCUGGAUAGCCAAGAGACGUCACCACUGCAGGAACUGUGGCAAUGUGUUCUGUAAAGACUGUUGUCAUCUGAAGCUGCCUAUCCCAGACCAGCAGCUCUACGAUCCAGUGCUGGUCUGCAUCACCUGCCACGAUCUGCUCCUGGAGUCCCGCACCCGCGAGAUCCGCAGCCAGCAGUUAAAGAAGGCAAUCGCCACAGCCUCCAGCUGA